AUGACCACGCCUGAUGAUGUGCCCAUUGCGCCCAAAAACCACUUCUACGAGAUUCGCGCGAUACCUGGAAAAGGCUAUGGUUGCUUCGCCCUCAAGGACCUCAAGCGUGGAAGGCGUAUCCUCGCCGACCACCCCCUUCUCAUCGUCCCCAUGGCCGACUACCUCCAAGAAGACAUCCAAACCGCCUUUGACAAAUUGACUGCCACAGAGAAAGAGCUGUACUUCUCCUUGCACUCUGGCCACGGCCAAGAUCCCAGGAGUUGGCCCUCUCAGAUCCACCCCUCGGUCAAUGGCAAGGAGCGUACGCGCAUCGAACAGCAGCACGCUGCAAGGACGGGCAAGGAAGCCUCACUCAUUAGCAUUUUCCAGAUCAACUGCAUGGAAAUGGAUAGAGGCGCCGCCGUCUUCCCGCACGCGGCACGCUUCAACCACUCCUGCAACCCCAAUGCGUGUUUUACAUGGAAUGCAGGCAUUGGCAAAGAGACCAUCCACAUUAUGAACGACGUCAAGGCUGGCGAGGAGAUUACGUUGUCCUACUGUGACAUGCUACACGAUAAGAAGCUCAGGUCAUGGGAGCUCAAACACUAUGGCUUCAGGUGUGACUGUCGCGCGUGCGCAGAGGACGAGGACGUUGAGGACACCUUUGCUUACGAGAGUGCGGACAGGCGCUUCAGGUUGCAGGAGCUUGAUCGAGAGACGAGGCUGUUGCGUGGAUCACGUCUCACCGAAGGUGCAAAGGUGCCCGACUUCGUUACCAAGCUCAUCCAAUUGGCGGCGCUGCAUCGGCAGGAGGGAGAUUUCUCAGCCAGACUGGCCUGUGUGUUUUUGGACAUUGCGCUUGUCUGUGAGCUCAAGAAUGAGUUCAAGUUUGCGAAGAUGGCGGCCGUCUCGGCUGUUCAGACCAAGAGGGACUGUCAGGGCGAGGACUUUCCAGAGUUUGCAAAGUAUGCAGAUGUGUUGCACCGCAUCCAGACGAAGUUGGCUAUGCAGCAGGCUUAG